GCCGGGGGUGAGGCAUGUGCAUCUCUUCUCCGUCGCAGUAGCAGAGGAAGCAUUCCAUCUCACUGCCGGCAGUUAGUCCCACACCAACUUCAGCUGCCCAUCUGUCAGAGCUGCACUGCUCAUGGCUGCCUGCUGCCAUCCAACUUGUGGCAGAGAGAGCUUCUGUGGAGAGGAGCGAGACAAGUUGCUACUCUGGGCAGCUCAGAAGGGGGCAGUGGAGGAGCUGCGGGCAUUGCUGAUGGCAGGUGCUGAUGUGGGGAUGAAGGACAACUUUGGGUGGACUGCUCUGCACCGGGCAGCAGCCAGAGGGCACGUGGAGGUGGUUAGAUGGUUGCUGCGAGCUGGGGCAGACGUGGGGGCUGUGGAGUACUUCGAGCAGCUUACGCCUCUCCACUUGGCGGCAAUAUGGGGCCACGAGAAUGUGGUGUGGCUGCUGCUGGUGGCGUCAGACCCUCCCCUUGACUGUAACUACCCGGAUGUCGUAGAUACCUGUGGGAGGACUCCACUGCACUGGGCAGCAGUUGCAGGCAACGCCACAGUUGUGUCCAUGCUGCUUGAGGCAGGAGCGGACAAGGCAGCCAGAAAUAACGCUGGAACAACAGCUCUGGAUUUCGCCAUACAGGAAAAUCACCAUCAGGUGGUUGACUUGCUACAACCAAUCGGAAGGGCGACAUUAGCAACUCCAUCAUGUGCAUGUGAUAUUAAUAGAGGAAGGAAGACAUUAUCUGGAGAGGAGAAGGGCAGGAGUCUGAUCCAGGCAGCUAUUCAAGGCUCAGUGGAAGAGCUGCAGGCGCUGUUGGCGGCUGGAGUGAACGUGGGGACGAAGGACAUGAACGAGUGGACCCCCCUGCAUUGGGCAGGUAUCAAGGGAUACGAGGAGAUGGCGAGGCGCCUGCUGGCGGCAGGUGCGGACGUGGGAGCGAGGGACGAGUUCCAGCAGACGCCGCUGCACUUGGCUGCGUGGGGCGGCAGCCCGGUUGUCGUCAGGGCGCUGGCGGCGUCCUCCGCCGACCCCGACGCCAGGGAUGUGGACGGGUGGACGCCGUCGCACUCUGCAGCGUUCAAUGACGAGACGGAAGCGGCGACGGCGCUGCUGGAGGCGGGGGCCGUAGAUAACAAUGGGAAAACCCCACUGGACAUCGCCGGACAGUACGACCAGCAGCACGUGAUAGACGUGCUGUGA